UUGUCAUAGUAUAACCGAAGUGGUUUAUAUAUAUUUUUUAAAUAAGCUUUUUAAAUUGUUUACGAAUAAGAUAAACAAAAAUAACAACUACAGUAUGAGUGACAAUAACAAUAAAAAUACUAAUAUUAAACAAACUAAAUUUCCAUCAUGGAUUAAGCCGGAACUCUUCGAAGAUCUUUUAAAAAGUUUACAGACUGAUUUUUCGGAAAUAGAACAUUUUAGUGUUGAUAAUGCUUUAGCACCUGGAGAAAACUAUGCUACUGUUAUGUUAAAAGUGGAAAUUUUAAUGAAGUUGAAAGAUGCCUCUACUAAACCCAUUACUUUCAUGUUAAAAAUUGCUCAUGAAAGUGAAGUUUUCGAAGAACUAAUGAAAAAUCAUGAUGUCUUUGCUAUUGAAGCCGGUAUGUAUCGUAACUUUGUACCAGAAUUUGAACAAAUAUAUGCAGAUGCGGGUAUCAAGGUGAGAUUUGGUGCCAAAUCCUAUAAAUUGCCCAUCCAACAAAACUACAUUCUAUUGGAAAAUCUUAAGGAACAAGGUUUUAAAAAUACCAAUCGUUUAGAUGGCCUAGAUAUGGAACAUACUAAAAGUGUAUUGAAAAAAUUAGCACAAUGGCAUGCGGCCUCAGCAGUGAGGGUUACCCAGAAAGGAGCCUAUCCUAGAGAAUAUUGUACAGCUUAUAUAAAACCAGAAGGUUAUGAUCUAAUAAAAGCCAUGUUCGAUGGUAGUACAAAAACACUUUUGGAAUGUGUUAAAGAGUACAACAACUCGGAAUUGUAUUAUGAGAAAGUUGUAAAAUUGCAAAAUCAAAUAACUGAUGAAAUCUUUAAGCAUGUAGACGCCGAUCCAAAUGAGUUUAAUGUUUUAAAUCAUGGUGACUGUUGGUCAAACAAUAUCAUGUUUAAAUAUGAUGAUCAAGGAAAUGUAGCAGAGACUUAUCUAAUUGAUUUUCAAAUGCCACGUUAUGCCACCCCAGCCCAGGAUCUUAUGUAUUUUCUCUUAUCAUCCACAAAAUUGGAAAUUAAAUUAAAAGAAUUUGAUUAUUUUAUUAAAUUCUAUCAUGAUAAUUUAGUUGAAAGUUUAAAAGUGCUCAACUAUAGUAAAGCCAUACCUAGUUUAAAGGAAAUGCAUCAAAUGAUUUUAAAAUAUGGAAUAUUCGGUUAUAUGACAACUACUAAUGUUAUGGCUGCCGUUCUCUGUGAUCCUACCGAUAAUGCCAGUUUAGAUAAUUUUAUAAAUGACUCAGAGGAAGGCGUUAAUUUUAAGAAACAAAUGUAUUCGAAUCCCCGUUAUCGUAAACAUAUGGAAGCUAUAUUUCCUUGGCUAUUAUAUAAAGGUCUUCUAGAUUGUUAGUGGUAAUUAAAACUUUUGUUUUAAAAAGUUAUUAAUUGUUUUCUACGGUUAGUUAUAAUUAAUUGCAAUAAGUUUUUCAAAUAGAUAAGAAAUGAGAUGAGUACUUACGUAGUUAUAAAAUUAUAGUAUUUUCUUGUUAAAUAAUUAAAUUUUUGAACUGUGUUUAUUGCUUUUUUUAAUUAAAUAAAAAUAUUUACAAAUUUUUAGUACCA